AGCAGGGAAGUACUUCGGAGCCCUGCAGAACGGAACUUUCCACAAAAAAGACAUUUAAUAAGGAUCAUAGGUCCAGCCAAGACCCCGAAACUGGUCACAAAUAAAAACACACCUGUAGUGUCCGAAUUGGGGCACAGAGAGAGGCCGGGCACCACAUUGAAGUUGGCAGGUUCGGUUGGAUCGAAGGAUGAAUCAACCAAUCGCACGCGAGCCUGAAUUCCUCGCGUAAACUUCGCAAGUCUCGCGUGGUUAAGUUUCUUAACUGUCCGCUCCUGGCCUCACGAGCGAAAGUAAAUUACGCAGUUUUCCCCCUCCUCGCGUUAUCGCGGGCGAGAAACGGCUAACGAGAGCUAAAUUGACGUUUUAUACAUUUUUUGUGAAUUUUGCAACACCAUACGGAAUACGUUCAGCGGAGAACUAGCCAGGGACAUCAAUCGGUCAUCCAAACGGUAGCUACAACGCAUGCAGUCCUGAUAGUGAAAACAGAAGAUGUUCAACAAAUCUUUCGGCGCGCCCUUUGGGGGAGGCACCGGGGCUUUUGGAACUUCGUCCACGUUUGGUCAACAGAAUACUGGUUUUGGAGCCACGGGUGGGUUUGGGGGUUCUGCGUUUGGAACCGCUAACAGCACCGGGGGACUCUUUGGGGCCACUCAGAACAAGCCAGUGGUGACAGCCAACCCCCAGCCCAGCUUCACUGGAGCUGGUCGCGGAGGUGGGCUCUUCGGCUCCAACACCUUCAACCAGCCGGUGACGUCGUCCACCAGCGCGGGGUUUGGGUUCGGGGCGGCCGGCGGAGCCUCCAACAGCCUCUUCGGCAGCGCCGCCACCGGCGGGGGGCUCUUCUCGCAGCCCAACAAUGCCUUCGCCGCCAACAAGCCCGCCACCUUCGGCACCUUCGGCACCAGCACGAGCGCCGGGGGCCUGUUCGGGACGACGAACACCAACUCCAACCCCUUCGGCGGAGCCUCGGCCUCCCUGUUCGGCGCCUCGGGUUUCACCGCCACGCAGUCCGGGACGACGCUCAAGUUCAACCCCCCGACAGGAAGUGACACGAUGGUGAAAGGGGGCGUGACCACCAGCAUCAACACCAAGCACCAGUGCAUCACGGCCAUGAAGGAGUACGAGAACAAGUCCCUGGAGGAGCUGCGUCUGGAGGACUACCAGGCCGGCAGGAAGGGCCCCUCGAACCCCAUGGCUGCGGGAACCGGGGUCCUUUUCGGGGCGCCCGCCGCCGCCACCCCCAGCACCGCCGCCGGGCUCUUCGGCUCGUCCGCCACCAACACGGGCUUCUCCUUCGGGCAGAACAAGACCGGCUUCGGAGCGAGUGCGGGCGCGUUCGGCGCGGCCACGGGCAGCCUGUUCGGCCAGCCGGCCCCACAGACCCAGCAGGCCACCAGCCUGUUCAGCAAGCCCUUCGGGCAGGCCACCACCGUCCCCAACACCGGCUUCUCCUUCGGCAACACCAACACCAUGGGCCAGCCCAACACCAGCAGCAUGGGUCUGUUUGGGAACACGGUUGCGUCUCAGGCGGGAGGUCUGUUUGGGAACACGGCGAACACCAGCACAGCCACGGCCUUCGGCACGGCCACCGGGCUGUUCGGCCCGACCAACACCGGCUUCGGCGCCGCGGGAACGCAGAACCUGUUCGGGAACAAACCGGCCGGUUUUGGGACCACCACCACCAGCGCGCCCUCGUUUGGCAACGCCACCGGCCUGUUCGGCAACAAGCCCACCCUAACGCUGGGCGCCAACCCCAACACCUCCAACUUCGCAGGCUUUGGGGCCAACACGGCUGGAGGUGGUCUUUUUGGAGCGAAGACCGCAGCAGGGGGACUGGGAGCAGGCAUCGGGGCGCCGUUUGGAACGACCGUUGGCGCGGGGCAGCCGUCCCUGUUCGGGAACACGCAGAACAAGCUGGGCUCCACCCUGGGCGCGGUGGGGGCGUUCGGGGCCUCCACCUUCAAUACCGGCGCCUCAGGCCUGCCGUUUGGAGCCGCGCAGCAGCCUGUGGCUCUGACAGACCCGAGCGCGGCGGCGGCCCAGCAGGCCGUGCUGCAGCAGCAGAUCAGCGCUCUGGCCUACUCGCCGUUCGGAGACUCGCCCCUCUUCAGGAACCCGCUGUCUGACCCCAAGAAGAAGGAGGAGCGUCUCAAACCCACCAAUCCGGCGGCCCAGAAGGCGCUGACCACGCCCACUCACUACAAGCUGACGCCCCGGCCCGCCACGCGGGUGCGGCCCAAAGCCCUGACGUCCUCCAGCUCCUCCAAGUCCCAGCUGUUCGACGGGCUGGAUGACGACGAGCCCUCGCUCUCCAACGGCUCCUUCAUGCCCAGGAAAAGCAUAAAGAAGCUGGUGCUGAAGAACCUGAACGGCAGCAGCCUGUACUCCCCCGUGAGCAGGGAGGCUGAGGACCUGGCCUCCCCGGCAGAGUACCCCGAAAACGGGCUGAGUGGCAGCCUGGAGGAACCUCGGCCCCCGGAGGAAGAGGAGGAGGAAGAGGCGGAGUCGGAGAGGGUGGACGAGGACCCGGAGGUGACCAAGUUCUACACCAACCCCAUCGCCAAGCCCGUCCCCCAGGCGCUGGAGGGCCGGGCCAGCCGGCAGAGCCAGGCCCUGCAGGACACCAUCGCCGAGCUCAACGUGCGGCCGGCCGGGUCCUCCAACGGCCUGGAGCUCAGCAGUGAAGACGCCUCGCUCGCCGACGACUCCGCCCAGGAGGAGCAGGAGCCCGACCCCCUGGCCCCGCAACACCCUGCUGGGAUCGUCCUGUGCAGGGUGGGGUACUACACCAUCCCCCCCCUGGAGGAGCUGGGCCGCAUGCUGAACGACAGCGGGGACUGCGUGCUGGAGAACUUCACCGUGGGCCGCAAGGGCUACGGCUCCAUCUUCUUCCCCGGGGAGGUGAACCUGACCGGCCUGAACCUGGACGAGAUCGUGCACUUCCGACGGAAGGAGGUCAUCGUGUACCCCGACGACAAGGCCAAGCCCCCCGUGGGCCACGGCCUCAACAGGCGAGCAGAGGUCACGCUGGACGGGGUGUGGCCCAACGACAAAACCACCUGCACCCAGAUCAAGAGCCCGGAGCGCCUGACCGAUAUGAACUACGAGGGCCGGCUGGAGAACGCCUGCCGCAAGCAGGGGGCCCGCUUCCUGGAGUACCGGCCCGAGACCGGGUCCUGGGUGUUCGAGGUGGCCCACUUCUCUAAGUACGGACUGCAGGACUCUGAUGAGGAAGAGGACGUGUCCCCGCCCAUCAAAGCGGACCUGAAGAAGCUGAAGACCGCCCCUGCAGUUCCUCCCUCCCACCAGCAGGCGGCGCUGAAUGGGAAAGCCACGCCGCAGGCACAGAGCUCGGCCCUCCUGGAGCUCCUGAGCCGGGCGUCGGAGGUGGACAGCGACAUGGCCGACAUCACGCAGGAGCUGCCCAUGGAGGGAGAGGACCCAGACUCCGCCCCCCUGGAGGACACGCCCGCCGAACCCGAGCCCGUCUCCGUCUCCUCCCACAUCGCCUCUGCCAAGGGCAUCAACCCCCACGUCCUGCAGAUAAUGAAGUCCUCUCUGUUCGUGGAGGAUGAGGAGGGAGAGCUCUUCCCCAGACUCGGGCUAGGUUCGCCUGCGCAGGGACUCGACCAAUCAAAAGACCUGAGCUUCCUUCUGCCCACCCCCCAGAGGCAGUCGGGAGGGCUGCUCCAGGCCCGGUUCAGCUCGGGGGCGGGGCUCUUCUCCACCCUCCCGGACGCCCCGUUCGGGGGCAUCCCGCCCAAGCUGGCGCGGCCGUCCCUGACGGACCCCUCCCGCCUGUCCCCCUGGCCCUCGCCGGGGCCCUCGUUCCGGCUGCCGGCCCCGGCCCCCGAGACCCCGCUCCGCAGCGUGGGGGCCCAGCGCCAGCCCGUCCUGGUGGCCCCCGCCUGCUCCGUGGCCCUGGGCAAGGGCAAGCUGCUGAUGGACGCCGCGCUCUUCAUGGGCCGCUCCUUCCGCGUGGGCUGGGGGCCCAACUGGGCCCUGGCGCACUGCGGGGACCCCGUCAGCGACCUCGCUGCCACGCCCAGGGGCCCGCCGGCCGACGCACUCGAGUUCGGCUUCCUGCCCAAGAUGGCCAAGAGCAAGCCGAUUUGGGAGAGCCCGUUCCGGGUGCUGGUGGAGCAGGUGGUGCAUGUGGACGCGCAGGACCCGGAGGAGGCCCUGGCUCUGCUGCGGCGCCCCCUGGAGAUCGAGCUGAAGCACUGCACGGUCAGCCUGGAGGAGUCCUGCCCCUUCAUCCAGCCCAACCCCGGCGUGCAGGCCCUGCAGGAGUACGCUGACUGGGCCAGCCAGAUCACCACGGAGCCUGGAGCUACAGACGACGUGGUGCUGCACUGGCGGCUGGUGUGGACCCUGUGCGCGGCCCUGUGGGGGCAGCUGGGGGAGCUGGAGCCGGAAGCGGAGCAUGCUGGGAGCUACGCGCAGCAGCUGGAGCGGAGGCGGAGCUUCUCGGCGUGGCUGGGGCAGUGCGCCGCCCCGCGCGUGGAGGAGGAGGUGGAGCGCCUGGACCCCCACCGCAGCCCCGUGGACGCCAUCUUCAGCUACCUGAGCGGCCACCGCGUCAGCCAGGCCUGCAAGCUGGCCCACAAAUCCGGGGACCAGCGGCUGACCCUGCUGCUGUCCCAGGCGGGCGGGUCCCAGUGCAGCCGGGACCUGCUGGCCCUGCAGCUGCUGGACUGGAGCCGCCUGCAGACAGACAGCUUCAUCACCGAGGAGCGCCUGCGCAUAUUCACCCUGCUCGCUGGAAAACCAGUGUGGCAGAGCUCGGACAGCUGUGUGAACGUGUGCGCGGAGCUGGACUGGCAGCGCUGCCUGGCGGUGCACCUGUGGUACCUGCUCCCCCCCACCGCCUCUGUCGCCGACGCCCUGGCUGCGUACCAGGCUGCCUUCCAGGGCACCAGUGAGGGGCAGAAGUAUGCCUGUGCCCCGCUGCCCCCGUACCUGGACCCCCUGCAGGAGGAGAUGGAGGAGGUGGGGGAGGAGCAGAGACCCCUGUAUGACGUCUGUUUCCACCUGCUCCAGCUCUACAGCGACCGUCACUCCAGCCUGCAGCAGCUGUUGGACCCCUGCACGGUCACCAGUAACCGGCUGGACUAUCGGCUCAGCUGGCACCUGUGGAACGUGCUGCAGGCGCUCAACUACACGCACCUGUCCCAGCAGCGCCAGGGCCUUCUGCACGCCAGCUUCGCCGCCCAGCUGGAGAGCGCGGGACUGUGGGAAAUGGCCGUCUUCGUGCUGCUGCACAUACCGGACUGCACGCACCGUGAGCGGGCGGUCCGAGCCAUGCUGGACCUGCACUGCCCCCUGGUGGAGACGGAGGACUCUGCGGCGCGGGAGCGCUUCCUGACGGUGAAGCUGCUGGUUCCGGUCCAGUGGAUCCACGAGGCCAAGGCCACCCGGGCCCACAGGGAGGGGGACCGGCACCGCGAGGCCCUGCACCUGUACCGGGCCGGCCACUGGAACCAGUGCCACCGGCUGGUCAUCCAGCACCUGGCCGCAGACUGCAUCAUCAAUGAGAACCACGACUACCUGCUGGAGUUCCUGGAGGGGCUGUCGGCUCCGGACCGUUCCGUGCAGAUCCAGGACUGGGACUCGGCCGGACGGGUGUUUCUGGACUACAUCCACGUCAUCCAGUCCCUGCGACACAUCCAGCAGCUGGAGAGCCCCGGGUUUGAGCUGGAGAGGCUGCACACUGAGGUGACGUCUCUCUGCAGCCGGGUCGAGCUCAUCCCCUGCGCCACGGCCAAGGACCGGCUGUCCCAAUCAGAGAUGGCGAAGCGCGUGGCGAACAUCCUGCGUGCGGUGCUGUCCCUCCAGCAGGGGGCAGACUCGGGCUCAGGGCCGCCCCAGGUCCCGCUGCGUCUCCUGGCCCCGCUCAUCAGCCGGCUGCCCAUGCCGGAGGACUACGCCCUGGAGGAGCUGCGCGGCCUCACCCAAUCAUACCUGCGGCAGCUCGUCGCCGGCCAAUGAGCCGCCUCGCCCCGGGGGGGCGGGGCCUCCUGCUUCAGCGGGCCGGCCGAUUGGUUGAGCCCAGCCACAUCCUGCCAUUGGUGGACUGGGAUGGACUGGGAGGCGGGAUCUUUUCUAUGCCCCGCCUACUCCAACUCGCCUCAUGUAGUUGCCUGCGGACGUUCGAUAGAAAAAGCAUUCCUUUUUUUUUCUUGUUUUUUUUUGUACUUUUUAGUUGCCUAAAGAUGUGUGUUUAAUAAUUAAAGUAUAUUUUGCAGAAUUGUAAGAUGCUACUUGACCAGUCAUUUGAGCCCCGUUCAAAGGGAAAGGUCUCUGCUAAUGCUAUGCUCUUUGUUUUCACAAUGGAGGAGUUAUUCUGUUUUUAUUUUCCUCCGUGAACGGGCUAAAGCACAAAGCUUUCUGAAUGGGCCCCCCCCCACCGGUGGCCCCCCCUUCUUUCUCCAGUGGAAAAGUAUCCGAAAUGCCCCCGCCCCCGUCAGCCAGGAGAGGUACGGGGGUGUAACAUUCAUGUUUAGCAUCUGAAAGGUUCUCCAAUAGCGAUCGCCUAAGCGCCAGCCCCAAAAUGGCCGCCUGCUACAUCGAACAAAAUGGCGCGGCUCCUUCACAUAGUGAAUAUCAGCCGGUUUAUAGGCUGGAGAACCCAUCUUCACAUUACAGAAGAAUACCAAAAGAAAUCUAUAGGGGGGGGGGAGGGGGGGGUAAGAUAUAUUUUUGUAGUGUUUAACAGUUUUACCCUCUUGAGGUGAAAAGAUCUUCCUCUUGUAGGGGAGUGGUUGAGGGUGACGUUGGCCAACAGAGAGGAACUGAAGUUGAAGGGGCCUUUCUUGUGUCUGCUGUCUCUGAACAGGCACUUGAACAAGAAAAAUGACUUUUAACAUCAGUUUCUAAUGUGCAUAUAUAAAUAUUGCUUGUGUGGAAAGAGGAGAAAACGUGGCACGCUGCUUCAGACUGAAUGUUUUUUUAUUUUUUAUUUCAUCAGAUGAAGUUCUUGCACUGUCGCGGCCUUUAACGCUUCCGGUUUGUGUUGGCGGUUGGGGCGGACAUGAGCAGGACGUCAUGCCUCAUGUAUUUGUACGACUUCCUGACCCGUAGAACAAGAGCUCCUUUCCGUCAUUGUGACGUACUGCCGACACUGAUUACAUGUCCGCUUCCCCCCCCCCCCCCCCCCCCCAUUUUAAGUCCGUGUUCACUGGUUUUCGGAUGGAACUGUUGAGAGGGCGCGAAUAGAUGCUUAAUUCUUUUGUUUUGUAUAUUAUAUUUAAUAAUUUGGCUCUAUUACGGGCAGAGGAGAAGACGUCCGUCUGGCAUCUGUGCCUUUCUCGAAAAAGGAUCUUGUCUUUAUAUGGCCGGUGGACUGUAUGCAUGGUUGUGUUUAUGAUGUUUUUAUUAAAUAAUGAAUAAAAAAUGAACCAUUCUA